AUGACAGAUCAUCCCACUCCAUCCUCGGAAAGGAUCACCGUCACAUACGCAGCGUCCCAAGCUCUUCUCGCUGCUCCUCUCACCCCGCACUUUAUACAUCUUCUAAAAGAGCAACUACCGCUUCGCAACCUCCACUGGCGUCCGAGCCAAUCGACUCUUGAUGCAGCUUCCGCGCGAGCUGCUUCGCAGGGCAAGUCCACAUACGUCUCAUCGUCCGUCGUGCCGGGCUCCACAAUACGGACUAUUCAGACGCUCGAUGUGGCUCUGAAACCCUUGACCGAUGAGAUUCGUCGUUGGCGCGGCGACCCCGGAUACUUUGACCAACCAGGCACAGCAGGACUCCUCGACCGACCCUUUGUCCAUCUCUACCUUGUUGUGUGCGACGAUAGCGAGCAUUACCGCACGACCGUUCGCAAUGAGAUCCGAUCAUGGAUCAGCAGCCUAUCUUUCUUUCAUGCCAAGCAUACGACACCAUCAGCGCAUCCAAGCUCUGUAGGCACACCUGCCUCUGCAUCGUCCUCCAAGACCUCGCUCGCACUCGGCUCCUUUCGCUCCGGCACCCCACCUGUACGCUCUGACACGCCACCGGUAACAGCGACAACAGCGACAAAUGUUGGUACCAACACGCCCACAAGUCAAGGCAGUACCCUAAAAGCUGUCCCCACUGGUGCAACAGUGCCAACAGGUCCCACCGAGCCCGAAUAUCUCAUUGUUCUCAUCACACCACCAGAAGGCGCCGGCAUAUCUGGUCUUGCUGGUGCCGGUGCUGCCGUUGCAGACGCCAAGUCGGGCAUGAGUCGGUUCAUGAACAAGUCCAAAGGCAACGUUCUCGAAAAAGCUCGCGCUGAUUUCAACACAUCCAAGAAGGACCAUGUCGUGCAACUCUCACGUCUGCCGCCUGUUCCUGCUACGCCACUCGGGAAAGCUGGUCUGCACUCGAUGGAUCCCACCAUCUGGGCCGAGUUGCUAACCAAGUUGCGCGAAGCGGCCUCCACCACCUUUGCCGCCACAGUGGAAUUGCAAGAGCACGAAAUAGCUCGCUGCGGGGUCACUCGAGGUCAGCAAGGCUGGGACUUUUGCAGCUACUUUCUCUCCAAGGACUCGCUUGCACGCACUCUAGAAGCUGUUGGACUCAAAGACGAUGCCGUGGGACAGUAUGAAGAUCUCGAAAUAGUCUUUGCACAGGCCGUGCAGAAUGGUGCCGUAUCGUUUGCUCCCGUCGGGGGAGACGAUCCUAACGACGAUUCGUUGCCGCUGUUGGAUGUAACAAAGAAGCCUUAUGCAGAUCUAAUUCGUCGACGCGAAAUCUCGCUCUUUGACUUUCGAUGCUACCUCUUCGCCCGCAAGUCGGCGCUGUUGGGCAAGAUGGGAAGAGUGGCGGCUGUGAUGCGUGAAGCACCGCUAUUCAUCAGCGCUGUCGGCCGGAUGCUACGCCGCAACAGGCGUCUCAGCAGUCAGUGGAUCGAGUCCUGGAUCUUCUCAGCAGCACUAGAUGUGGUCGAACAGUGCCAGGCAUGGCUCAUUCAACGCAGUGGGCAGUCGUCCGCCUCUACUGACGAUCAACUCAGCCCGGCCUUCCACUCGAACAAGUCGGAGCUGCUCGAUGUCGCCAGACGUCAGCUCGAUCGUAUGGGCAUCAAAGCCGGUCAUCUCCCUGCAUGCGAGCCGUUCGCGUUGCCACCGUCGGAAGAUGCAUUGGAUGAUUCUGUAUCGAUCGCACCCGUAGAGCGUGAUCUGCCACCACUGCCCGACGCUGCUGUCAACAGCGCAUCCGAGAGUGUUGGACUAGGCCCAGCGUUUGUACUCGAUCAAAAGCGGGGCACUUCUCGACCUGAGCUGCAGCAGGCCAUCGAGUCAAGAGAGCACUUUGAUUCGCACUAUUUGGCUUUAUGCGAGCGUAUCUUGACAGGUUGGAAGGCAUCGUCACGCACACGCGAUACCCUCCACGUGCGAACCAUCGUUGCUACCCUUCACUACCUGCGCGGCAAGUAUCAAAUCGCAUAUGAGAAUCUGCUCGCAGUCACCGAGGCAUACUCGACUUCCAAGUCAGCCGCGCUGGAACGUCAUUCACUGGCAAUGCAGCUCGAGUGCCAUGCAAAGCUCGAAAAACCGCGAGAUCGAGCCUGGACAGCAGCUGCAUUGGCUGCGCUCAGGCUCAGCGUUCAAGACUCCAGCUCAGGCAGAAGCGUCGAGGCUGAAGCCGCCAAAUGGACCGACCCUAUGUACCUUUGCGAGCAGCUCCGGUCAGCAUCUUUAGCUCUAGGCAGAGAAGUACCGAUCAGUGGCUUCCCGCUCUUCUCCAUCUCGCUGCCGCGUUCUUCCGCCCGCUUGGUGGAGACGGAAGACGGUUCAUUGCUCGAAGUGGAUGUCACAUCGUUGCUAUCGUGCGUGCAAGUUGUCGAAGACGUACGUGUCUGUCUAGUCACAGGUGAUGGCGAGACGCUAUGGUUCACAUCUUCCAAGACCGAGCUUGCACCAGGGUCGAGCAGAGUCGAGCUCUUCUGUCCUCACCCUGCACAUGGUCUCUUCAUGGUCGAUGUGACGCAGAUUCGUUUGGCGCGGUUCAUCUUCCAGUACGAACACGGUGCUGCUGCGUCAGGGAAAGAUGCGCUGAUCGUUAGGGUACCCAAGGAUGGCGCUGCACCGAGUGUUAGCGUGCGGCUUCCGCGUCGAAUCGAUUUAGAUCAACCCAGGGCGAUCGAGUUGACGGUACGAUCGGGUCGAAAUGACAUGGAUGUUGCGGAGUUCAGUAUCACGUCGAGCAAUGGAAGUGCUCUGGUCGGGUACAGCGAAGCCAAGCUGUCCGAGGAUGCACGAUCAAAUGCUGGCAUCCAGGUCGUGGGCGUCUCUGGCUCACCGUCAUCAGUCUCAAUCACAGCACUAAGGAAAGAAAGCCAAGCUGUGAUUGUUCUGCCCUUGAGUCAGCUGCCCGAAACCGGCAUUCUCGAAGCUGUGGUUACGCUAACGUAUACCUCAACGUCCUCCCACACCUCACAACGAUAUGCUGCUGGCAAAAAGCGAUCACUCAAGAUCCCCGUACUGCUUCGAACAGCAUUGCCACUGGGUGUGAAUGUCCAAGACUUUUUCCGCAUCUCCUGUCUUGUCUCGAAAUUCACCAUCUCUGCAGGCGGGAGUGGUAGCCUUCGACUGCAGCCUGUUACGAUGGUUCACGACGAUGCUGUGGCCGACGGCGAAGCACACGCGUACAAGAUCGAGUCGUGUGGAUCGACGCGGGAGGCGACUGUGACGCCGCGACAGCCGGCGACCUAUGUGUUCCGGAUAUCGAAGCGUGGUUUGGCGGAUGCAGCGGGGAGGGACAGCCGUAUGAGGCUGACCGUGGAGUAUCGGGGAUUGCAAGAGGAUGCAGUUUGUGCUGCAGAGCGGGCGUUGGAUGCCUUGGUGGAGGCGGAUGCAGCGUUGGAGGGAUUAAAGACGGGAACGCCGACGAGGAGGUUGUUGCAGGAUGCACUCGUAGUGUACGUACGCGAGCGAUUAGAUUUGCCGGCGUUUUCGAUCACGGGUCAGGUGCGCACAGGCAUGUUGGAUCGGCAUUGGUGGCGACGCGAAAGGCGGUGGUGGGGUCAAUGUACGCUCGACUUGGAAGCACUGCUGGAAUUGGUACAAGCCACACUCGACAAUAUCGCCUCUGGCGUUUCUUGCAACCUUUUCGCAGACGAGCAAAUCUGGCAGACGCUAACGAUCCCGGUCGACGUGCCCACCGUUGACUACGUCAAUGCAGUGACGCUCAGCCUAGGCCGUUGCGACAGCGGUUCAAGCCAGUCAGCAUCGGUGAUCGUGGGCCAACCAAUCGAACUGACCGUGUCGAUCGAGACGUCUACGCUUUGGUCUUGUUCUUCACAUGAAGGCGAGAUCAUGGUGUACGACAUUGUUCCCGAUUUUGAAACGUGGUUAGUGGACGGGUGUAAAAGGGGGAGUUUCAAAGUGAAGCCGAACUCAGCUCCGCUCGCAUGCGAUGUGUUCAGCGUCACGCUCACGAUUGUUGCGUUGCGAACGGGUAGGUUGCCGCUGCCCACGGUCCAAGUGCGUCCGCUUUCCACUGUCGAAGCAGCCACCAACCCAAAGACGGGACAGCUGCCGACAUGCGAAACGUACAUCUCAAAUGCAGCGCAAAGGGUCAACGUCGUACCUGGUCGAUCGGCGACCGCUUUCUUGGUUCCCGUCGACACCAAGGUCUUUUCAAGCAGUGCAGAGAGGGGUAGCUGGAAUAGCAACCGCGGAGACCCAGCAACCUUCGAUAGGAUCAGAUCGACUCGGUACAGUCAACAAUCCUUACACGCUGCUUAG